AUGAAGGUCUUGUUGCCCUCGCUUGCCGCAGGGAUCCAACUGGCAGCCCUCGCGGUGGCUCAAGAUGGUCAAGUCAAUCUCACCGAACUAGAACAUUACUGGUCCUAUGGUCGUUCUGAGUCAGUGCCUGAUACUCCGGUGGCACAGGGACUGGGUGACUGGGCCGAUGCCUACACGAAAGCUCGAGACCUCGUGUCUCAGAUGACGCCCGCCGAGAGAAACAAUAUCACAUAUGGCCAUACAUCAACCACCACGGGCUGCUCCGGCAUGACAGGUAGUGUGCCUCGAUUGGGCUUUCCGGGUAUCUGUUUCCAGGACGCUGGGAACGGAGUGAGAGGUGUCGACAUGGUCAACUCUUAUUCGGCUGGAUUGCACGUCGCAGCAUCCUGGAAUCGCGACCUGGCUCACUCAAGGGCCCACUAUAUGGGUGCUGAGUUCAAGCGGAAGGGAGUGAAUGUCGCCCUAGGCCCCGUUGUCGGACCGGCAGGAAGGGUUGCCAAAGGAGGCCGGAACUGGGAGGGCUUUGGUCCCGAUCCUUACUUGUCCGGCAGCCUCGCCGCCGAGUCUGUCCGUGGCCUCCAGCACUCUGUGAUUGCAUGCGUGAAGCACUUGGUCGCCAACGAACAAGAAACGAACCGCAACAUUCCGUCAUUACUAGAAGGAACCCACAAUCAAUCCAUUUCUUCUAACAUUGACGAUAAAACCAUGCACGAGUUAUAUCUCUGGGGAUUCCAAGAUGCAGUCAAGGCUGGUGCUGGAUCCAUGAUGUGCAGUUACAACCGUCUGAACAACAGUUACGGCUGUCAGAACAGCAAAUCCAUGAAUGGGCUGCUCAAAGGAGAGCUUGGAUUCCAGGGAUUUGUCGUAUCUGACUGGUACGCGCAGCACACGGGAAUUGCGAGCGCCAACGCAGGCCUGGAUAUUGCGAUGCCAUCGUCUUCCUACUGGGAGAAUGAUACGCUAGUUACUGCAGUUCAAAAUGGAUCAAUGCACGAGUCUCGCUUGAAUGAUAUGGCAACUCGCAUUCUCGCCGCUUGGUACAAGUAUGCUCCCAUUUCGGACCCUGGACAUGGAAUCCCUGUCAGUCUUCUCGAGCCUCAUGCGCAGGUUGAUGCUCGUGACCCCAAGUCGAAGUCAACCAUUCUUCAAGGUGCGGUUGAGGGCCAUGUCUUAGUGAAGAACACUAAUGGCGCAUUGCCGCUUCAAACCCCCAAGUUCUUAUCACUGUUUGGUUAUGAUGCCAUUCCUGCCGCCUUGAAUACUAUGGACGAUGUCUCCUUUGGAGGCUGGGCAAUGGGGUACAGCAGUGAAUUGACCUAUCCUAACGGCACGGCCGUGAACAAUGCUACCAUCCAGGCCAUGUUCCUCUCCAGUGCAAACCCUAAUGACCGUGGCCCUGGUGUUGCUCUCAACGGCACACUAUUUUCUGGAGCUGGAUCUGGCGCCAGCACCGGCUCCUAUAUUGAUGCUCCGUUGCACGCGUUCCAACGCCAGGCCUAUGAUGAUGACACAUUCCUUGCCUGGGACUUCACCUCGCCUCACCCUCUUGUCAACCCCGCCAGUGACGCCUGUAUCGUCUUCAUUAACGAACAGGCCUCUGAAGGCUGGGAUCGGGCAACCCUUGCUGACGCCUACUCCGACAAGCUUGUGCAAAACGUGGCGUCUCAAUGUCCGAACACGAUGGUGGUCAUUCACAAUGCCGGAAUUCGCUUGGUCGAUGAGUGGAUCGAAAACCCAAACAUCACCGCCGUCAUCUAUGCUCAUAUCCCUGGCCAGGAUAGCGGAAGGGCUCUUGUGGAGGUCAUGUUCGGGAAGCAAUCCCCGUCGGGACGUCUUCCAUACACGGUAGCUCGCAAGGAGUCGGACUAUGGCAAGCUGCUCGAACCAGUGGUGCCCGAGGGAACCAAAGACCUCUAUUACCCCCAGUCCAACUUCACCGAGGGUGUCUACAUCGACUACAAGGCUUUUGAAGCAGCAAAUAUCACGCCACGAUUCGAGUUUGGCUAUGGAUUGACGUAUACCAACUUCAAGUACUCGGACAUCAGCGUGACUGUCAAUCCUGAUGCCAGCCUAGAUUAUCUCCCUGAGAAUACCACUGUGAGCGAGGGAGGUAUGAAGUCCCUGUGGGAUAUUGUCGCCACUGUCAAUUGUACGGUUCGAAAUACCGGAUCGAAGUCUGCUGCGGAAGUUGCACAGCUGUAUGUCGGCAUUCCGGGCGGCCCUACGAAGGUCCUACGUGGAUUUGAAAAGAAAGUCAUCCAUCCUAGCCAAGAGAAGCACUUUACUUUUGAUCUUACACGUCGUGAUCUCAGUCAGUGGGAUGUUGAGAAACAAGCCUGGGGCCUUCAAGCUGAGACUUACUCGAUCUAUGUUGGCAAAAGCGUACUCGAUAUCCAGCUAACGAGCCAACUUGAUCUGUCUCAUGAUGUAUAG